GAAAAGGAAGAAAAUAAAUUAUUUUCAUAAGCAGAUAGCCAGUGGACUCCAGCUUUGAUUAUCGACCAAUCAGGAGAUCCUUACAACAGUACCUAUGAGUCGCAAAAAUAAGAUAAAAAAAGCGUUCCGCAAAGUGAGUUAUCGAGAUUUAUUUAGGCAUGAAUUUAGAAAGGAAACCAAAAUUAAUUGUAUUUGAUUUAGUUACAGAUUACACGUUGUGGCCGUUCUGGGUGGAUACUCACGUUUCAUUGCCGCUGCGAAGAAACAGUAUAGGAAACGUCGUAGAUGCCGCUGGAAGGAAAGUUCCUUACUACCCCGAAGUUCCAACAGUACUUGAACAUUUGAAAGCUCAGGGUUACACCUUAGCAGUCGCAUCAAGAACAGGGGAAAUAAGAGGGGCCAAUCAAGCCCUUCAGCUUUUUAACUGGGACAAGUACUUCACGUACAAGGAAAUAUACCCAGGUUGCAAAGUAAACCAUUUUAAUCAACAAGAGAGAAGAAAAUUGUCAGAUGGUGGUUCAAGAGAUGCAGCAAAAGAUGUACCAAGACUGCUUCCAGAAGUAGAAAUGGCGUUGGGAGCAGUGCAUUGAUUGCAGAUGAGUGUAUUUCAGAGGAGACUAUGCACAAUAAGUAAAAGGUUCAGGAAGAUAUCUGGCAUACAGUUUCAAGACAUGCUCUUCUUUGAUGAUGAACGUAGAAACAUCAGAGAUUUAGAAGCCCAGGGUGUGACGUCUGUUCUUGUUGAUGAUGGAAUAUCU